AUGGCGCGGGAGCUGAGCCAGGAGGCUGUGCUGGACUUCCUCUGGGCGGCCGGGGGGCGAGCCCCCAACACGGCGCUGCUCCGCCACUUCCAGCGGUUCCUCCGCGACCCGGCGCUCACGGAGCAGCAGCGGCGGGAGCGCCGUGAGUAUUUCAAGAGCCUCGUCAACUCCUUGGCCACCGUCCACCCCGCCGCCGCCCCCGGCGCCUCCAAGGACAUCGUCCUCCGCCGCAGGUACCGCGACCUCCUCGAUGAGGAGCUGCCGCCGCCGGAGGAACAGAGGGAGCAGGAGGAGGAAAAGAAGGAGCCGCCGCCCCGACGCGACCCCGACGGGCGGCGCGCGUCCCGGUCCCGGACGCCACCGCUGCCGCCGGGCCCGGAGAUGCCGCCUCCCUACAGGUUGCCUCAGCCCCGACCUCCGCCGCAGCCCGCGACCGGGAUGCCCUUGCAGGAGGCCCCACGGCCCUCAGCAAGCCCAGGGAGACGACCUCCCGCCGGAGCUAUCCAGUCCCCGCUGCUGUCAUCGGGCCCCAGGGCGCUGCCCCCCUCCGAGCUGCCCCCAUCCCGGUCUCUGCCGUUGCUGUCCCCCCCCGAGCUGCCCCCAUCCCGAUCCUUGCCGCUGCUGUCCGCCCCGGAGGUGCUGCCCCUGUCCCGGUCCCUGCAGGCACUCCCUGCCAGCCCCUCCUCGUCGCCACGGCUGUUACCAGGCCCCAAGGCGCUCGCUUCCAGCAGGCUGCCCCCAUCGCAGUCCAGGUCCCUGCAGCAGCUCCCCACCAGGCCAUCCCCAGACUUGCCCAGGGGAUCCAGGGGGCUGACCCCCAAGGGACAAACCCAACCUCAAGUCCUGCGGCUGCACCCGCGUCAAAGCCUGACACUGCCGUCAGAUCCCGGGAUCCUGCCCCCCACCAAGUCCCCCCCACCCCAAUCCCUGCCACAAUCCGCCACUCUCCCAUUCCCACCCCGCUCCCUGCAGCCUCCCCUUGCCAGGUCACCCCCAUCCCAGUCCUUGCUGCCGGCGCAGGGCCCCGCAGUGCCCCAAGCCCCAGAGAGCCAGCCCCCAGCACCGCUGCCUGUUUUCCGGAGCAUCAGGUGCCAGCUGGCUUUGUCGGAGGGGCAGGGCACCCCCCCAUCACUGCCCGAUGACGGUGGGCGGCAGCCCCGCUCCAAGAGCUCCCCCAGGAACGCCUCAAGCCGGGGACCCUUGGUGCCGCUGGGACAGCGGGAGCACGCCUGGCUUGUGGCCAUGUCAGCGGGCCGCUGGGCUCAGGUGCGGGGGCUCUUUCUGGAAGAGCCUGAGCUGGCCCUGCAGAGGGACUUCAUAUCAGGCUUCACGGUCCUUCACUGGCUGGCCAAGCACGGCGACGGGCCGGGCCUGCAGGAGCUGGCAGCGGCGGCGCGGCAGGUCGGGCUGGCCCUGGACGUGGACGCCCGCUCGGGCUGCGGGUACACGCCGCUGCACCUGGCUGCCAUACACGGCCACCAGCUUGUCAUCAAGGUGCUGGUGCUGCAGCUGGGCUGCCAGGUGCAGGUGCGGGACGGCAGUGGGCGCCGGCCGUGGGAAUACCUGGGCAGCUCCACCUCGGGGGAGAUCUGGCAGCUGCUGGAGGCACCCCGCGGCACUAUCAUGUUCCCCACGCAGCCCCUGGCCCGCAGCGUGUCCUCUGUCAGCAAGGUCUCGCCGUCCAGCGGCAGGACAGCACUGCCUGCCUGCCUCAGGGUACAGCUGGGCCGUGGGACAGUGUCCCACCAGUCCGGCAGUGACAGUGACUGA